AUGUUGUUUGUACUUACGAGCUUGGGCCAGGGGAAGUUGCUCAAGAACUCGGAGUACAGCAUUGGCUUGACCAAGCGUAAAGCCAACCUCCUUCAAGUUGGCGCUGGUGAGAGGAAGAUCAGCUCCUUUGAUGUCUUGCUGAUGGAGUAUCUUCGCUUGCACCUUUACGUCCUCUUUGGUUUGCUCAGUGAACCAUUGGAGAAGUUCAUCUUUGGACCAGCUCUUGUAAUCGUUGAUAUUCAUGGAAAGGCGCUAUAUGAAGGAUGA